GCUCCAGGUGUCAUGUUUUCCCGCAGGUGGAGGUUCGGUUGGGACAGGUACAGUGAGGUGGACCUCUUCGCGGACCGCAGUGAGACCAAUGCAGAGACCCUCUCCCAGGCUAUCAGAGCCGCAGCAUCUGAGGAGCCGGACGCAGAUGGCAGCGUGCUGUUUGGCCAUAUGCAGGGCACUGUGGUUGGCCUCAGAUAUUACACAGGAGUGGUGAAUCAAGGAGAAAUGGUUGGUUUAGUGCGACAGCCCCAGAAUCCAUAUGACCGCAAUGCAGUAAUGGUUGCCAACAUUUAUGGCAAUCAAGUGGGUCAUAUCAAACGGGAGCUGGCAGCAGCUAUGGCCCACAUCAUGGACAACAAUUUGGCUAAAGUAGAGGGGGUGGUACACUCAGGGACGAGAAACCACUUCAACAUGCCAGUGAUGCUGUCCUUCUGGGGCAAAGAAGAGAAGAAAAAGGCUGUGAUUGAACGCAUGGCACGUCACGGAUAUAAACUGAACCCAGGUGGAAUCAGCGCAACAGGUUCAUAUCAGAGUUCAUAUAGCCAAGGUGCAGGUGCAUUACCAUCUAAAAAAGGAGUGACCAUCCCACUAACUGCACAGGAGCUGAAGAAUGCAUUUGACCACCUCUUCGAUGACUUGAUGGCAAGUAAAGACGGAGAGAAAGAAGCGGCAGAGUCUGUGGGUACUCCUCUCCUGCCUCACCAGAAGCAGGCACUGUCCUGGAUGUGUGCUCGAGAAAACAAAUCUGCACUGCCACCCUUUUGGGAGAAGAGAGGCGAGCUCUACUAUAACAGCCUCACGUGCUUCUCUGCCAAAGAAAAACCAGAGAGAGUUCGUGGGGGAAUACUGGCAGAUGACAUGGGACUGGGAAAAACUCUGACAACCAUCGCUCUGAUUCUCACCAACUUUCACAAUGGAAAGCCUCUGCCUGUGGAGAACUGUGAGGAGCAGUCAUCACCUUUCAAAGCCAAAACUAAACCAGAGAAAGCCUCCAAACUGGAAGGUAAUAGAAGCUUAUUAGUAAAUUCACUGUCAAUGCAAAUUUGCAGAUUUAUUUUAUUUUAUUCAUGUCCAGUCUUCCUUUGUCUCUGUAAAUGUGCUUGCGUCCAAGAAAACAGAAAAAGAGCACUAACAAAAGUAAAUAUGGGAAAUGAGAACCACUUCCAGAUGAGAUUUUAUUCCAAAUUGUGUGAUACAUUGGUAUCGUAUGCCCCCGAGCUUAAUUACUCCUUUUAUCAAUACUG